AUGAGCUACCAAGAGGAAGAAGGAUGGGGUUCCAAACCAAAAAAUCAUUCUCUUCCAUGGGGUGAUGAUGUUGAAUAUAAAAUUAUAAAUGGUGCAAAUGGUUAUGGGCCAAAAUUGCCUGAAGUCAAGAGCCAAGAAUGGAAAGAAAAGAUCAAGUAUUCAAAUUGUUCGAUAAGAUGUAAAGCUGUUUAUCAUGAUAAGGGAGAACAGUGUCCCAAAACUUAUUCAUAUAGUGAUUCCAAGCAAUGGAAUAAUGAUUGGGCAAAAAUAAAAAUUGAUUUUGAAUUUUUUUAUUUGUAA